AUGGGCAUGCCAUACUCCAAACAAGUCCACGCGGCAUUUGACCAAGUCACCCCGCUUGUCGCAGCAGGAUUCGAAGUACUCAAAACCACAAAGAACAUUGCCAUUCUUCUCGCCAUCAUCCAAAUUCUAGUCGCCAUCGUGCUGAUUUUAACUCUAUUGGCCAUACUCGCCUUGAUAUAUUCUGUCAAUCCCGACUUGGAAGCAGAGCGGCAGGCCCUCGUCACACCAUGCAUGCAGUGGCUCGCGAGCUGGUUGAUCGAAUAUGGAAACAUCAUCAGCUGGUUCUUAAAGGUCCUUGUCGUGCUGUGCACGGGUGGCCUGGGGGCUUUCAUCUGGUAUAAUUCUACGCCGACGUUUCCCGUUCCUGAGGAACCCGCACUUGAAGAUGGCGAAGAGGAAGACGGCCAGGAGCUGAAAGAUGUUGAAAAGUUUGAGUAA